AUGAAUUAUUAAAAGCCCAAUAGUUAUUUAAAUAUACAUUUAUUAAAAAACGUGAUAUUAUUAAAGUUAGUUUUGUAAACACUUGUGAAGUUUCUUGAGUAAGAGCAUGGCGUGUUGAGAAUUUUCGUGGGUUUGGAUCAAAAUGCUUACAAUGUCUACACUAAUGAUGCCUGCAGCUACAAUGACCACCAUGACGAACGCCGGACCCAUCCCCGUAGCGGCCGCAACCAAACUGGAACCCAAACUGCUGCAACUGCCACAUCCCCUGAUGCAGCAACAGCAGUCUCAUCAUCAGCACCAACAUGGAAACAAUAAACUUGAGCACUACCACAUCUUCGUCGGGGAUCUGAGCCCGGAGAUUGAAACGCAGAGUCUAAGAGAUGCCUUCGCGCCCUUCGGAGAAAUUUCUGACUGCAGAGUGGUGAGAGAUCCGCAGACGUUGAAAUCAAAAGGCUACGGCUUCGUGUCCUUCCUGAAGAAAUCUGAGGCUGAAUCAGCGAUCACAGCCAUGAAUGGACAAUGGCUUGGCUCCAGGUCUAUUCGAACCAACUGGGCAACUCGGAAACCACCAGCGCCCAAAAGUGAGCUGAAUUCAAAACCUCUGACCUUCGACGAGGUGUACAACCAGAGCUCGCCGACCAACUGCACGGUCUAUUGCGGUGGUCUCACCACCGGUCUGUCGGAGGAGCUGAUCCAGAAGACGUUCCAGCCGUUCGGCACCAUACAGGAGAUACGGGUCUUCAAGGAUAAGGGAUACGCUUUUAUAAGAUUCUCCACCAAAGAGAGUGCCACUCACGCCAUCGUUGCUGUCCACAACUCAGACAUAAACGGGCAGCCAGUUAAAUGUUCCUGGGGAAAGGAAUCCGGAGAUCCCAAUAACGCCCAGGCUCAAGGACAGCUCGGUGGCACAGCGUACAGCCCGUUCGGAGCAGCCUACACCAGCGGAGUACCCCCAGCCUCCUACUGGUACAACACUUACCCUCAGCAGUUGGGAGGCUUCCUGCAGGGGAUGCAGGGAGUCCAGGGUUACUCUUACGCCAGCCAAUUUGCUGGAUAUCAACAGCAGUACAUGGGCAUGGGCGGCGUGCAGCUUCCUUGGGCUCUUGGCAGCGGUGUGGGGGGAGUCGGCAGCGUGGGGGGAGUUGGAGGAGUGGGUGGAGUGGCAGCAAUGUCUCAGCCACCACAAGUGCUGCACUAUCCAGUUCCGCACUUCCAGGUCCAGCCUAUCAGUGAGGAUGAGUGGCUGGCACCAAGUUUGCUUGUGUGAGGUCAGCGUGCCGCGCCGCCCGAAACCUGUUGCUGUCUUCAGAAAGAAUGGAUCUAACUCCUUCUCUCCCUCUAACACUAUUGCAAUUCUUACUUUCACUUACUGCGAUUCUUUGUCUGUAAUUCUUACUUUCACUUUACUGUAAUUCUUAUUUUCACUUUACUGUGAUUCUUACUUUUUAUCAAUUCUUCUUUAAUUUUACUGUGAUUCUACGGUUUUAUGACAAGUUAUAGUCACUUUUGUGAUUUAAACGGGUGAAUUUGCGGCGUAAAUGGGCGGUUUGUGGCUAAAAGCCUUUAGCUCGAUUGAGCACUGGACGAAUAAAAUGUGAGUCAAAGAUAAUCGAAAGAGUUCUAUCCUGCUUUUGACUAUGCAUAUGUGAGUAAUUUUUAGAAAAUAUAUAAUUGUAGUUAAGUGGUUUAAGACUAGUCUUAAGGUUACCUAUAUCAAGUACACGCGGGCCAAAAAAGGUUGCGAUUAGAGAUGGUUUAGUUUUUUUUUUGUCAUAAUGUCAAAGAUCUUGAACGGCACCAAAAAUCUAGCACAAUAGAUUAAGAUUAGUGGAAAAAAUGUAGAUUUUUGGAAAAAUGUUUGUAGGGUAGGCUAUAGGGGUCGGCGAGUGAGAUUUUAUGAUGAUUUUUAUCUGUGAUUAGAAGGUCUACAUAUAUGGUCUCGCUGUUUCACUUGGUUUCUAGCUAAAACGCUACCUAUAACGCGGAACAACUUAGUCAAAGCCUUAAAACUUAAAGAAAGGUAAAAUAUGAACCAAAAUAUCACAAGUUUUGACCUUAAUAUUAUACUUACUAUUACGACAACUGUUUGGAGGUUUAUCAGUAAGUAAUUUAAAGUUUACCUUAAGAAAAAUUAAUGACAUAAACUGAAGAAUUUCAGGCUCAAAUUCUUCGGAUAUGAAGAAAAAGAAAUGAGCCAAGAAUUUAGUAACGAGAAUAGUAGUUUAUGAAGCUAGUAAUAAUAACGUUUAGACCGUAUAUGUAAGACCAUCAGACAAAACGCAUGGAACGCCAUAUAUAUGUUUGAUAUCGUAUACUUAUAUAUUUUACGAAGAUUUUAUUCUUCAAAUCUAUGUCAGUUUUUGGUUUAAUCUUCUAUCACAAUGAUACAAUUAUAUUAGUUCAAGUUCAUAAUAUAAGUAAUCUGAAAUUAUUUUUUACCAAUUGUUUUCCUGUCUACUUGCAAAGCAAUAACAUAUUUUGCGAAUCAAUGUAGAAUCUGACCAACUUUUGCGCUGAGCUAUUAAGAGCACCCUGUUUGAGGCAAGAAUUAUGUAAAAGUGAAGAAUUUCGUUUUUAUUUUCGUUAAUCAAGAUAAAAAAAUGAUUUGAAAGAGAUUAUUAUACAUAUUUCCAGAACUGCUAUUGUUUGGAUUGAGCAGAUUAGCAUAAAUUAUCAGCAAUUUAUUAUAAAUUAUAUUUUCAAAAAGAGUGCUGCAAAAAGUACCACCGGCCUGACAUAUUCCUGUGUUGGCGAUUCUCUUGUUCAAAGUUUAAUUCAGUCUUACUAUCGAGCGCAGUGCGUUUUGUCAACAAUCACAAAUUUAUUUCUCUGAACACCAAUGCCAAAGUCAGAAAAUUUCAAAUAAUAUAAUAAUCAUGGUUGUGUCUUAUAUAUAAAGGAUACAUAACGUGUCUGACACUUGAAAGAUUGUCUUUUACACUGCGGAAAGAUCUAGAAAGUUGUCGACACAGAAAGUUACUAUCUUACUAUACACUCUACGAGAGACAGCACGGAGUUUAUUUAAUAUUAAAGAUGUAAGUGGUCAAAUAGAUAUAAUCAUGAAUAAAUAAAAUGCACUGACCUCUACUAUAUACCACUGGACUGGCGGCUGUCAAAGUUUUUUUGUGCCUGUUUGAUAUUCGCCAUUGGCGCUGUUGGCCAUGUAGCGAGAGUCUGCUGUACUAAAACUAGUGAUGACAACCUCAGCAAACAUUGAUAGCAUAAUUCUUCAGAGUAUUGUACGUUCCUUCGCAGCCAUUUGUAUUAUACGUUAAAAUUAGUUCUAUGGACGCUCGCGAGUGGCGCUUCGAAUAGGCACAUAAAUUUGCUGUCAGACAUAUGGAACAACCUGUCCAGUGGUAUUUAUACAGGUCAGUGAUAAAAUGACACACACAAAGCUUAGCGUUAAAAGAGAGCCUGCGAAAAUUAAUAUAGAUAUUUAAGACUGCUUUGGCGAAACUUGAGUGACUUCAAUACAGUGAAAACUGUAUACCUUGCCUUAUCCCAAUCAAUUUAGACCUUGUAUCCCUGUUUAGGGUGGAGCCCGCUAUUAUGCUGAGACUCUAGAGACAGCUCAAAGAUUUAUUCUAAAUAAUAAUUCUUAAUAAACCUAUCCAAUACCUUACCAAUGUACUUUACUCAGAAUGAACAGAAGAAUUUCUAACGGUCCGGCAACUAUUCAUUCUUUCAAAACACACUACAGUUAUACCCCUCAAUGCGACUGUUAUUGCACGACGCCGCAUUCAAGUAUAUGCUAUAAUAAAAUGUAAAACUGCUUUCGCGAGAUAUUAACAUAAUACUCUUUCCUCUAAGCUGGUAUUUAGCUUAUUAUAAUAAGAUUCAUGAGAAGACUUCUGCCCACGUCUUCAGCAAUUUUGAAGUAAAAAAGAAAUUCACCGCCAUCUUUUACAAUUAUCAUAUAUCAUAUUAAGAAACGGUGAGCCUACUGUAAAUUACUUACCAAGAAUUAAAGAUACACAAACUCAGUUAGUAUUAUAUUGCCUUUAUAGUCUAAACAUAGGCUUUGUGUUGCCAAGAUAAAAAAUCCUCUAAAGGAGUAUCCUUCCGAAAUCGGCAGUGCCCCAGCGCACUAGAUUUUUCAGAUACACCAAAACCGAGAGUGCUGUACGGCACCCUACUCCCUCACCAAGUUCUGAUCCUUAUUUUGUUUAUAAGAUGGUUUAUUUUGCAUGGUCAUAAAUCUUGUUUCAAUAGCUUUCAGAUACACUCAAAUCAUCAUAAUUAUAAGCAAUCUGUUAAUACACGUAAAAUAAUACAUUGACAGAACGCUCCUCGAGCGCCAACAUCACGCCGAUCUGAGGCAUACCGCGCGAUCAGAGUUUUCCGCAACGGAAAUAGUAUUGAGUAUCCUUUCGAACUACUUUAAUCGUAUGACAUUAUUAUGUCUACCUUGACCACAAUAUCUUUCCACGCAUUUGUCAACAAACUUUCGAUUGUCAGUCACGGCGACAAUUUGACGAACAAAAUAGUGAAAUGUAGAACGUUUAGAGAUAAGAGAUGAAUAUAUUUAUUGUCUAGUACAUAAGAAGUAUUUAAUCAUUUACUGUAGGUAGUAUUAACAGUCGAGAUUAUUUUCGACGAAAAACUUCGCUGUUUUGUCUUUAUUUGUUAGCGUCUUCGUUGGUUUUGCGAUUGAAUAGGUCUUUGGCAAAAUUUGUUCGACAAAGUGAACGAGCUACGGACUCUAAGCGAUAGCUCAUAGUUAAAGAGCUAAAAAUUAAUUAAUCACGUCAUAGUGAAGGUGGCGCUGAGCUCAAUUGAGAAGAAUGUACAGAGUUUUGACUUAAAUUGGAAUUGAAUCGACAUAUUGUUGGAUCUCAGACCACGUUUUUCAGUGCACCGGUAAUGCAGUUUCAUAUUGAUCAGAUAUUCGAUGUUGAAUUUAAGCGGAUCUUGAAAAUUUUAAUAAUAAAGAAAUCUUACUACUUCUUUAUGCAAAUAUGUAUCAAGAUUCGCAAUGAGAUAAAUGGUGGCAUACGCUACGAGAACAACCUAAGCCAUGUUCUUUAAUUAUAUGUAUAAUCUAAGCUAUGAGAAGUUUAAGCGAGUACAAAUUUUGCCAAAAGCCUAAAUGAUUAAAAAACGUAGAAAUCUACGAGAGAACGUCUUUUUUGAAACUUUUUGACGUCUGACACUUUCUGUCAGCCAUAUUUUGUAAAAAGGAAUGUAUUUUAUAUAUUAUAUUGACGGAGUUACUCUUUGUUCGUAGAUUUGUUUCUAUUCUAUGUUGUUUUGUGCAUGUAGUCGACACAUAAGAGACAUAUCGCUAGAUCUAUUUAAUAAGAUAUUUAUAUAGUAUGUAUAUUAGUUCAUUGCAGCUAAGAAACGAAUAAGUCAAUUUCUGUCAUUCUGUCAAUCGAGAGUAUUGUGGCGUAUUUGCAAUAGUCACUAAAUGUCCUCUGGUCCUUCGAGCCGGAUAUAAGUGAAACUGUUUGGAAGACGCCACACCGGGGUGGGACCUCGUAAGCAAAUUAUCGCAGAUAUAUAAAAACUGUUAGAUAGAGAAAUUUAGCUAUAACAUAUAAAAUGCUAGAAUAUCAUUUUGCCUAUAAUCGCUUCGACUUAGGUAUAUUAGGACGUGUAUAUCCAUUAGGCAUAAGGGUUAACUUUAAGUAAACGCCGACCGUUGCUCUUCUGGUAAGAAUAUUUCUGCCACAAGACGGUACGUUGCCUUUCUUAUUGCUACUACUUCCUUCUGAGAUAGGAAUACUCUAGUGGAUAAAGCUUAGUUAAAUGCCGAGACAUUUUCACUGCAGCUAAUGUUAGGAAGAUUAUGGAAGGCCUUUCAAUGUCAUGCCAAUAUUUAUAUGCUGAAAUGGAAAACCAUUUCAGCUAUAGAAACAUAGACAAAAUUUAUAAACACGCGAAGAUUGACGCGUGAUUAUAAUAGAAAAAAAAGUAUAACUGUCUAUGUUCAUCAUGAAUUAUUAGCUAACAUUCAACUUUGGGAGAUAUUGCCAUUUUGGCGAGGGUCACCAAAUUGAAAAGUUAGUGAUUUUAGCAGUAGUUGCAGUGAAAAUAUAAAAGAUGUAAGGCUUAUAAUUCCAAUUAGUAUAACAGCUAAUUUAGUCAUAAAAUUAAGUUGAAAUGAGAAAUAAAAUGUUAGCUAGGUAAAUUUCAAUAUAUAAAUCAUAAUAUUAUAUUAUAUUAUUUAGAUAGGGUAUGAAAAUUUUAAGUGUUAUUAAGUUUUUUUUUUGUUUCAUUCCAUGAGUAAGAUAUUUUUAAGUCCCAAUAACACCAAAUAUUUUAUAUGAUCCUAGUAGAAUUGGCGUACUAAGUGAAUAAUUGCCUUAUAAAUGGUAUAUUUAUUUAUAUUUAUUUAAUAUACUUUAGAUCCAGGCAUUUUUGAACCGUUUACAUAUUUUUGACGCCUAAAAUGCUUGCUUCAGUGUACGGUGUAAAAACCCUGAGGUCCGUGUGCAGAGCUACUCAAAUAAAAAUAGAUCUUUAAGAAAUCACAAAUAACAGAGAGUAAAGAAUUAAUAUAGCAUUGAAUUGUCUUUUUUAAAAUUAAAAUAACAAUGACAUGGAGAGACACAUAAAAAUUUUAUGGACCGAGCAUUACUGUUCGUUUCAACUGAAUGUUGCAACUAAAACAAGAUUUUGUACAGGCACAUUCACAUCCAGUCGUGAUUGUUCAUUUGAGUAGUUCAACACAAUGGGUUUGAGGUAAAAGUGCCAAAAUAUUUUGUUUUCUGCAUGUACCGUAUAUGUGUGUGAAAGGAUAACACCAAAUCAAAAUAAGUCCUCUUAAAGAGUUUCUAAAUUAAUAUUUUAUAGCCUUGAAUUAUAAGUUGGUUUAUAUAAUGAUUAUCAAUGGGCUAAUCAACUUUCACGCUUGCAUAGGAAUGAUUUCUGGACUGUAUAGUACGUUCUAUUGAACUACUUCUAAGCCAAAAAGGGCUCACCAAGAAAAUUAUGGAAAAUUUUACAGCAAGAUUAGCUUGUACAGCAGAUAAAUGAAAAGAAAUCUCAUUUUAUUCUGAAAUAAUGAUCAGUUUGCACUUACAAAUUCAAGGCUAUAAUAUUAUAUAGAUAAUAAUAUUUGUGUAAUGUGAUUCUAUGUUUUCUGUUGUUUUCAAACUCUAGUAGAGAUUUAUUGUUUCGUUUUAGAAAAAAGCUAGAAUUGAUGUUAGUAAUGUCCUAAUCGCUUAGAAAAUUGUUUUGAAACACAAAAGACAUGAUAUUUUUUGAGGUGUAUAGUGAUGGACGCCUCUUGUCCAACCUUUGUAGUGUCUUGUGUUCUCUUUGUUGUUUUUGAAGAGGUACAUACUUGCGAUAGCCGGUAACUUUUGAUAGCGACAAAAGUAAUUACAGCAAUACGUCUGUCUAUCUUCCAAAGUAUGCAUACCUCUUCAUUUAUAACACAUCUUUCUAAAGUUAUUUUGUAAAUGAUAAUCUUAUUAUCAUUUACUUUGACCGUCGUCUUGUGUCAUGUUAUUACAUAUAAAUCUACUAAUAAUGGGCCUUUGAUUUUGGAAAGUAUCCUUGAUAGACCGGUCACAGUUUGACUAAUUGAGACAUUUAUUGAUGGUUUUAAAUAUAAACAUUUACGAAAUUCAGUAAUAGAUUUAGAAAAAAACAUGUUUUUAUUAACAAGAGUUCCCCAAGGUAAAUUCUUGGUCCACACGAAUAGUUGAUGUUGAAGUUCUAAAUAAGGCCCAUGGGAUCGCAAUAAGUAGUUUUGAAGAGAUUCUAUGUGUAAUAUCAUAUUAUGUCUGUCGUGAUUGUUUAUUCUGUCUGUAAUUCUUAAUGUACUCAUUGAUGUUUGAAGUAAAAAAUUACAUUGUACUAAGUAAAUAUUAAAACAAAAAUAAUUUGAAAAUUAAUUAUUUCUAAGAAGGGCUUAAAUAGGUAAUACAAAAAUUUGAUUAACAGCAGUAGAAAUUUCAGAGGUUUUCAGAAUACCUACAUAAUAAAAGACAUAAAAGACAAAAUUAUGCCGCACUAAUUCUGAGUAACAAAUCGAUACAUGAAUAGGAUUUUGUGUCAGUGAAGGAGGGUUUUAUCGUUAUUAAUAAUUUAUAACACAUAAAAAUUAUAUAUGAUUUUAAGUUUUUUAUUAUUCAGAACUGCAAUAACUUCCUCUGCAUUUAGGCAACUUAAGUAAUUUGCAAACAAUUAAUGAAAGAUUUUUUUACAUACUUAAUAAAUACUCAAAGACUAGAAGAGUUUGCUAGGAAAACUUUUCUGAAAAAAUAUGAUUCUUGUUUUAAAGAUAAGCCAUUAAGAAAGCUUUUCUUAUCAGUAGGAAUCAUUAUUGCAGAGCCUAUAUAUCGAUCCGUAAUUACUAAACAACAAAGUUGUAUACAUUCGUUUGCCCGUAUAAUGUAAAUUUUUACUUCACUUAUGUAAAACAGCAAUAAUCACUCUAUAGUGUGUAGUAAUUUUUGAUUUUUCGUACCGCUAGUAAUUCUUAUUGAUAAAAGUAUACCUUUUAUCUCUUUUAUUUCAUAUGUGUCUUGUAGAUGUUUUAGAACAUUCCCUGUAACUAAUCGCACAGAGCUAAGUCGUUGCAUGUAAAGCCGUCUAAAUGUUCUCUGGGUUGCUCGACGUUUGAUGUCAAUGAAAUUGAAUUGUCAGAUGAUGUUAUUGUGGGCAUGUAUGUUCCAAUAUGCACUGCGAGCACUGCACAGUGCUAUCACUGUUGAUAAAUUCACUGCCAGUAUACUGCCACAGUACCUUAGGGAAAUAUAUGACGUCAUAAAUCUUCGCCAUAUUCUACUGUGAGCACUGGUGUUUUCGAGGUAAGGUACUCGCAGUACUUUGAUCUCGUGAUCAGUGUCACUCGAGUGCCUAACGUUUUUUAAACUAUACCUACAGUUUAAUCCCAAAUAUUUUUAAUUUGACAGUACUCCAACAACAUUUUUUUUAAUGAAUUAGAAAACUUUAAUACACUCAUUUGAAUGCUGCGUCAAAAAAUGCGGCUGACAGUAUACGGGAAUGCGUUCCGUUUUAAAUAGUCACCAGUAUAAAUAGCUAUAAAGGAACGGCUUCACAGUAUACUAAAUUGACGUCACACUGUACAGUGGUCGCAGUGCAUAUCGGAACAUACCCUGUAUAUUUCACGAGUGCGUCUUUCACUUCAUACUAUCUUUCAAGCGGAGAAUGACAACUUUUGCUCAUUCGCUUCUCACUUUAACUGGAGGUUGCUUUGAAACUUCUAUUGAGGAGUGCGAUUAGUUUCUAAAAAGGGAUGUAAUAUUAGGAUAUUCAACAUUUUGAUUUUACUUCUCUUCUGCCCCCUUUUUUCUACCGUCCAUGGGUGUUGUCAUAGAUAAGUACUUAUUUUGUUCGUGAAAGGCGUUUUGGAGAAAUAUAUUAUAUCACAUUUGCAAAAUCGUAAAAAUUUUAAGUAAAUAAACUGGGAUAAAAUGGUAUCUGAUAUAAACUGAUAAAUGUUGAACUAUUUUACUUCUCCGAAACGUCUUCACAAAAAACAUUUCACUCUAAGCGCACAGAUGUUGUGGGUUUCGUUCAAACUGUAACGAAAUUUAAUGUUUAAAAGAGAUGGCGAUUUCUCCCCUUUUUAUUAUUUGAUGUUAUGUAUUCAUAUUAACCGGUAUAUAUCACUCAAGGCUAUCGAGUUGGAUGAGGUGGAAAAGCUCCUAUUUUCAGUCAAGUUGCUGUCAUUAAAUUAAUGCUCAAAGUACAUUUCAAGUAAUUAAAAAAAUUAUGCACCCUGCUUUGCUCGCAGACUUGCAGAUUAAUAAUUAUUACUUGAACAUGCACACAAUAAGAACUGAAAACAACAAUCCUAGAAGAAGCUACGCCAAAAGCCUAGCCAUUACUACCCUAACCCCUUGGCUACUCAACUGCCUGAUUCCUUUCAAGCCGCGAGAAGACUAAAAAGAAAGCAAGUCUCAUUAAAAUGGCCUCCAAAAGACAAUCCCCGACUAAACUAUACAGAACUGAUUAUAUUCGCUAUUAUCUGAUGGGAGUCAUUAACGAAUGAGAUACAAUUAUCAAUAAUGAUUUAUUGAAUCUCAUUGUAUUGAAAGCGAUAAAAAGAUUAUUUUAAAUAGACUGAAUUUCAGUCGUACGUCUCUAAAAUUACACAGUACAUACUCUACGUUGUGUUAGAAACGUCUCUAGGGUGUUUCAAAUCGUGCUGUCAAUUUGACAAUAGCUGUCACCUCGAUCCAACCGAUACUGAAAAUAACGGUUAUACGUCUUAAUUUUUCAACCCCUUUUAUUGAGUUUCACGCUUAAAUUAGUACGAUUGUAGGAAUAAACAUGAAAUAAUAGUAGGUUUAGAAUAAGCUUCUUGUUUGUUUCUGUUACACUUGCCUUGUUUAAGUUUUGUGAAAUUUUGUUCGACUAUAAAGUCGCUAAGUGUUCGGAGAAGUUAAUAAUUAAUUAAUUUCAUCCGACACACUGGUUAAUGUUAAGUUUGACACUUGUAGUUAUACUCUUUCUCGCGUUUGACAGCUCUAUAUGACAAGAGAGGCUAACUGUGCUAAAACAAAACAAGUUAUUUAAAAUAUUGUCAAAUCUCGGCAGCCAUCUUGAAUUUUUCUGCACGGAAACCGUUUAGGUUUCUGAUGAUUGCUAGCCCGCUUGCCUUUUCAAGAUGUCAGUCGAGAAAUAUUUAUAUAUACGAUAAGCAAAGAUUGUUAGCUUCGCACUACAACUAGUCUCAUACUUGCAGUCGUAUUUGAGUUGUCGGACGCGAUUUUCAUGUGGGAAUAUGGGGAAAAGGUCAAUUAGCAAUCAAAUAUUUGAUCUCAAUACAACUUGAGCAUAUUUCAACGUACCAUAAUUAUUACAAAUCUACUCAUGUGAAAUUUUUCUCUCAAGUCGAGUCCAUAUAUAAAGAACAACGUCAAAAGAAUGGUAAGGAACAUAGAUUAUGUGUCAUCUUAUAGUAUAUUAACGUAUAGGUGAACUGACAGCAGAAUAUUACGCGAUCAAUUUUGAUUUAACAAUCUGUAGCUAGUAUAGUAUUCAAAAUCACUGAACUCUACUAUAUACCACUGGAUUGGCGGCUGUCAGUGCCUUUGUGCCUGUUUGAUAUUCGCCAUUUUGAGGCUGUUGGCCAUGCAGCGAGAGUCUGCGGUACUAAAACUAGAGAUGACAACCUCAGCAAACAUCGAUAGAUGGUGGGAAAAUGUGUCCUUUAUUACGUUGAUUCUUGAAGUAUAAAUAACACGGAAAACGAACGAAAUAAAUUCGAAAUCCAAAAAUACUUCAGAGUAUUGUACGUUCCUUGCGCCUUUUGCUUUUAGGCAACGUAUGACAACAGCUACGUCUUGCAUUCGCUAUACGGAAGUCACUUUGUUUUAGUGCGCGUGCGUUACUGAAAAUAGAGGCUAACAGUUCACCACUGUUGUUUUCGACGUGUUCCUAUCUAUCACAGUCUAUCGAGACGUAUAUUAUAUAAGAUCUUAUGUCUCAAAGUGACCAGUAAUUCUGAUGCCACUCAGUUUUGGUGUUAGCAAGAACCCUGAACGGCACUACAUUGAUAACAAUACGCAUUAGAUCAGGGAGAAUCCCCACCAUCAAGUGAAAACUUAUUUAGUCACUAUCUCAUGAAAAUGAUUUGUCUUAUUUAUAUAUGCCGAUGUAUACAAUUAUUUAAAAAAAAAAAAAACAGUUUUUAAUUAGCAUUACUAUCGAAUGUGUCAACAUUCGCCAAUAACGGCCUUUCCCAAUAUUCGGUCUAUCACUUACUUGAGAUAAAAAUCGUAACUAUCGUUGACUUUUUUGUUCCAAUAAACCUAUCUACCGUUACUCACCUAAUCCGUACACGCUGUCUGUCAAUGGGACGACGUAUAGCUUACCAGCGAUAGAAGUUUGUAUGGAAAUUGCAAUUCAUGCGUCCCAAUAUAAGGCGAUAAAAAUGACUUAUCGGGUAUAUUGGGACAGCAUCAGAUUAUUUACAGUAGAAGGUAGUAAUUUAUCUCUAUCUGUAGAUAGUAUAUUGGGAACGGCCGUUGGGCUGAUUAGCCAUUCCUUCAUAUUCCUACAUUACUCCGUACCUAUGUACUUAAAUAGAUAUAAUAUUAUAUAGAGUAAGAUAUAUGAAUUGAUAAAGACCAUUGUGUCAAA